ACAAAUAUGAAUGUUGACUAUGAUGUAAUCAAAGUAUAAAAUAAUUGAUUAAAGUAGAAUAUGUAUGGGGGUUGCAAGAUUGAUGUUGAUCUCGACGCGUAUUUGAAAUUGAAGCAAAAAAAUCGGCGAAAUCAUGGGGCAUAAUCGACCCCACACACUCUUGAAGUCGAGCAGGUUCAGUGAAGCAGUCAUUGGAAGUGUGAAAGAAAUAAAAUAAUUCGAGUGUUUGGAAGGAAGCAGCAUAGAAAAUGUAUAUAUCCAAUCCUCAAUCUUGAUGUUGAUGAGUUUUUCCAAAACCAGGUUUGGGAUGAAAGCAAGUUUCUCUUGAAAGUUGUGAGCAGUGAAACUCAUCUGUCUUCUUUAGCCUCUGCUAACUCCAAAACAAGAAUAUGGAACACGUCGGAGCAGUAAUUCCUCAAGGAGAGUGGAACUCCUUAAGCGGAAUAAUGUGCUCUGAGGAGGCUGAGUUCAUGGCAGAAUUGCUAGGGAACUGCUCUCUCCCAAAUGAGGCGACAUCGCCUGCAAUUUGGCCGCCCCACCGGAACAUUGAGGCUGCAUUGUAUUCCUCUGAUGAAACUAUGUGUUUUUCUUUUUCACAAGGGAGUGGCAGUGGCUUUCUUUCCCCCUUUUCCACUCAGGAAAUAAGCUACUACUCCACUCUCUCUCAUCAUGCUUCUCUGCCUAACAACAAUUACUCUACUAAUGUAAUGGGAGGGGCCGAUGAUGUCUUCAACGACAGUACAGAGUCUAACAACGACGUCGUGCCUGAAGAAGAGAAGAAACUCGGCAGCAGCCCUUGCAAGUCGAAUAAAAGAUCUCGUGUUCCCUGUGAAAUUCCGAGAAGCAAGAAGAGCAUGAAAUGCAGCAGGUGUAUCUGCGACGAUGAUAACAACAACAAUGCAGUGGCUCACAGGCAGCAGACCUCAAGCAGCUGCUGUUCAGAAGAUGAGUACUCCAAUGAGCUGAUGGGAACCACGUCGUGCUCGAGCUCCAAGGGCGGACGGGCUCCCAAUCCAAAUGCGAAAACACGUGCGAGUAGGGGUUCAGCAACCGAUCCACAGAGCCUCUAUGCAAGGAAAAGAAGAGAGAGAAUCAAUGAGAGGCUCAAAAUCUUGCAGACCCUCGUCCCAAAUGGAACAAAGGUUGACAUCAGCACAAUGCUGGAAGAGGCCGUUGAGUAUGUGAAGUUCUUGCAACUCCAGAUUAAGCUGUUGAGCUCCGAUGAUUUGUGGAUGUAUGCUCCGAUUGCGUACAACGGGAUGGACAUUGGACUGGAUUUGAGACCUCAAUCCUCAUGAAUACAGAUUCAAUUCUCUGUGAAUAAAUACCACACCAUGCAGACUUGCUAUUCAUCUUCUUUUUCUUUUUUUUUGGCAUGAAAAAUUAGUACAUAACAGAAAGAGCGGCGCCAUGUAUCUGCACUGAUGAGGACGGCUAGUCAUUCUUGUUUUUUAAUUGAAGCCAAUUAAUCACUGGCAGAUAUUUGAACUCGAUGAAUCGGACAUUGUUCUUUUAAUUUU